GACGACGGUUAAAGUUAAAACACUUUAGAAUUAAAAACACACACACAUAGAGAGGAACAAUUUUUUUUAGCUACAUAUAUACAUACAUAUGGCAGACAAAUUGCAGCAAACUGCUGCGAAGACGACGACGACAGACAAAUCAGUUGCCAGUAGAACGUAGAGCAACAACAAUAGCAACAGUAACUGUAACAAAAAUUGUUUGUGUAAAGGUGUGCAAAAAAAAUUAAGAAAAGGCAAAGGAAAACGAAAAAAAUCUGUUAUAAAUACAUAGUUGUGUUCAAAUUUGGCAAGGCAAAUUUUCUACAAGUUAUAUAUUUAAUUUUUUUUUUUUGACUCGCAAAAAGUGAAAUCGAUAAGUAAACGCAAUAGCUGCACCAGCAGUAACAACAGCAGCAGCAAAAUAACAACAAAGAGGAGCCACAAUUUAAAGCAGUAAAGGCAAAACAACAAAACAACGUCAAAGUAGAGAUUUAAUGUCGCAGUUAAUUUGUGUGCUACACAAGAGCCACAACAACAGCAGCAACAACACCAUCAGCAGCAGCUGAGGAAAACAGAAAACGAAAAAAAAAAGAACGUACGACGCAGACGAAGUUCGCGUUCGCAUUGUGGAACAGUCAGCCGUUUAGUUUGUGUGCGAGUGUAAGCGAGAAAGCAGACGCGCGUGCGAGUGAGAGAGCGCUAGCUGGUGACUGACGUUCGUACGGUCGGUCGGGCGGACGCACGGUUGUUCCCUUUCGUCGUUUUGGUGGGGUAUCUUCUGUUUCUCUGUGUGUGUGUGCGUUUUUGGUGUGUCGCAGCGGCAGCAGCAGCGAAGGCGACGGCGGCAGCAGCAGCAACAACAACAAUCACAAUCUGUGACGACGUCGACGAUUUUGACACAAGCUUUUCGUUGAAAGUUUGUUUCUAAGCUCGACUUUGUGUUUGCUGGUCUAGUUGUGUGCGAGCACGCGUGUGUGUGUGGGCGUUAGCGUUAGUUUUACUGUUCGGCAGGCGCAGCCACGCGGUGGGCGUGUCAUUGACGCAUCAGCGCACAACAAAAAACCAAGACGCAAGACGCAGUUUGGGAAGGAUUGCAAAAAACGAGGAAGUAACAAGGAACUAAAGUUGAAAGUUGAAGCCACUGUUGCUGCUGCCGCCUAUAACAACAACUACAAUAACCAACGCUGCCUUUAACUUUGUCCAAUAACAAAAGAAGACAAAGGAAAACAGAGAAAGAAAAGAGAGAAACAAACGUCAACAUUGUCGUCAUCAAUACCAAUAGCAGCAGCAGCUAAAACAUAUGAUUUUUGUUUGUGUUGUUGUCUUUGCGCGCUUCUUCUUCUGCGCAUUCAACAAUAAUAACAAGAACAACAACCGCAGCAACUAAAAGAGAGAUUGCAACUGAGAGACAGAAAGAGAGAGGGAGAGAGUUGUUGUUUUGUGGGUGGUGUGCUGGGUGGUUUGCUGCCUUAACUGUUUUGACGUCGACAUCGCUGCUGCGUAACAACAGCGCCAACAAUAACAACAACAAUAUCAGAAACUGUUGUAGCGCCAACAACAACAAAGAACAAGGAGAAAAAGAAGAAGAAGCAGCUGCUGCGGCAGAACUGACAAAGAGAGAGAGAGAGAGAGAGAAAGAGAAAGAGAACAGCAGCAACAUCGACGAUAGCAGCGUCGUCGUUCCACAGACAGACAGUCUGUCUCCAGCGUCGCAGCGGCAGCAACAGAAGAAGAAGCAGCGACAGCAAUUUGUUUUCCAAUCAAACAGCUGAGCGCGAGCGAGCGAGAGGGCAACAGUGACGCGCAAGGGUCAAACAACAGCGGACGGGGCCGCAACCGCUGCUCCAAACGCUUGGGAGCCUUUCGAGCCCAGAUAAGAAGCUCCUGGUGAGGAAGAGCAAUUCAAAAAUGUCAGCGGACUCGCCGCGCCGUAAUAUGAUCGGUGGUGGUGGUGGUCAGCGUGGAAUGGCCGUACCGGCCAUUGUGCCACCGCAGACAGUUAGUGAUCGCUCCAUAUUGGACUCGGCCAUCGGUUUCAUUAAUGAUGUGACGCUUGUGCACCAACCGGUGACCGAUCCUAAGGAUACCAUCACCUGGGCCCGCUUCGAAACCUGUGCCGAUGUCAGUGAUCCACGUUUUGGUGAUGACUGGGAGUUGGAGGGGAACGCAGCACCGCCGCUACUUCUCAUUUUGGGCUAUGGCCUCGGAGUCCAGGUGUGGGCCAUACCCGCCAAUGGUGAGGCUGUCGAGGUGUUAUCCUGGCGCCAUGGCGUCGUUACUGCCCUGCGUGUCCUACCCACACCAGCUUCUGCAGCGGCACUUAACGAUAAUGGGCGUGCCGAUGAACCUGUCGACGCAUUUGCUGAAAAGCGUCCACUAGUGGCGCUAGUCGAUGGCGGCAGUGCAGCUGCUAGCGGUGUUUUGGCCGGUGGUGUUGGCGGAGGAUCUGGUGCAGUCGGCAGCAGUGGAGCAACGGGGCCCCAAUUUAGCGCAGUGAACUUUGUGUCCCUGAAAACGGGUGCACAGGUAAAGACGAUCAAGUUCAAGAAUCCGGUGCUCGACAUAUUGGCCAAUCGCACAGCGGUGGCCAUCACAUUUCACGAGCGUAUUGCCGUCUUCGAUGCGCGUACACUUGAGGAUCGUCUGACGGUUACCACCUGCUAUCCAAGUCCAGGCAUUAAUCCUAACCCAAUAGCGUUGGGUCCACGCUGGCUGGCUUAUGCGGAACACAAACUGUUGCACUCAAAGCGCAGUGGUGGUGGCUGCGAUGGCGAGGGCGUACCCAGCUACACAGCCACCGUGCUCAAUGCGGCUAAAUCUCUUGGCAAGGGUCUGCGUGAGUUGGGAGAACAGGUAGCCGCUGGUCUGACUGGUGCUAGUGCCGGCAGCGGCAACAGUUCAAAAAGUAGCAGCUUCGAUUCUCCCAGCGGGGCCGGGGUAGAUGCCAAACAGUCCGGUGUGGUGACUAUAAUUGAUGUCAAGCACCCCAUUAAGGAAUACAGCCCGACGACAGGCACACCAUCGACCGCGCAUGCCGGUGGCGUCGGCGACCCCAUUGUGGCGCACUUUAUCGCACACAGUGAGGCCUUGGUGGCCAUGGAGUUUGACAGCUCGGGCAUGCUGCUGCUAACCGCAGAUCGUCGGGGUCACGACUUUCAUGUCUUUCGCAUUCAACCGCACCCGGUGGGCGCCAGCCUAGCAGCCGUACAUCAUUUGUAUGUGCUGCAUCGCGGCGACACUAGCGCCAAGGUGCAGCACAUUGCCUUCUCGCUGGACUCGCGUUGGGCGGCGGUCUCCACGCUGCGAGGUACCACGCACGUCUUCCCGAUCACGCCCUACGGCGGUGCCAUGGGCGUGCGCACGCACAGCUCGCUCCAUGUAGUGAACAAGCUGUCACGUUUCCAUCGUUCCGCCGGCCUCGGCGCCGAUGGACGAUCCAGUUCGCCCAUCUCGCACUCGGAGAGCACAACAUUCGUGCAAUCGCUGCAGCCGUACCACAAUCCAACGCUGCCGCCAUUCCCGCGGCCGUCUGUGGUGCAGCCGUUAGCGCAACUGCGUCAACCCUUUGUCCUCGGCACACCGCCCGGCUCGACAGCGCUGGGUGGUGGUGCAUCCAGUGGCUCAGGCGGCGGAUCUGGAGGCGGCUCUCAACGCCAGCGACUUUCUUCACUAUCUGAUGAUAGCGGCAAGCCACUCAGCGUUUGCGCCAUUUUUGCGAAGUCACGCUCAUGGCUUCUCGACCCGCCGACGGCAACGCGCGAGGCGCCCCAUCGCAUGCAGCGCAAGGCUGUCGACUCGCUCUUUGUCAUGGCCGGCCAUGGCGCGCUUAUACAGUACGACCUGGACACGAAAUUAGCCUCAAAUGUUGCCAAAGAGAAGAUUUGUGAUGACACGCCCAUUGAGCUUGAGGUGGAGGCCAAGGCUCAGUGGAACCUUGGUAGACGCAAGGAUGGAUCUCAAGAAAUCAUACCACCGCUCGCGCUGGACAAUUGGCUUAUCAAGGAUCGGUACGCAAGCCUGCUAAUGGACAGUGGACAUCAUUUUGAUGAGCCCGAUGAGCGUGCGGAGAGCUGGCUUGCCCAAGUCGAGAUAAUCACUCACGCCGGUCCGCAUCGGCGUCUGUGGAUGGGUCCGCAGUUUGUGUUCAAGAAUUAUAACACGCCUAGCGGCUCCAAUUUGAAUCACGUGGAUGCGGAAGCUGUGGAAAUUGGUGUAACCAAGACGACCAGCUCAUCGAUGCCAUCGUCAGCCACCUCGUUAACCAGCAUCUCAAGUGGACCGGCAGCGGAACGUUCCAGUCCGCUAAAUAUGCCUCCGAAUGCAGGCACAACGUCGACCACCGCUUCACGUGGCGGCGUGCCAGUACUAAUUGAAUCGGGCUCGUAUAGCAGCAUUGAGCAGAGCCCUAAGCUGAUGGAUCGCUUUCGCCAUGGGCAUUUGGACUCGGACUAUGGCCCAGGCGAUACGCGCCUGAAAGAGGAUUUAGCUGAUGCUAUGCGUGAGGCACCACCGACCGCCCGCCGUGAACCAGGCGCGCAUCUGUUGCUUCCAAAUGCGGGAAAUACCGACGCGACACUGGGAACUAACAAGCAAGCAGCCAGCGAUAAUGCCUGUUACUACGAUGCCCUUGCCGAGCAUGAUGAAGACGAGCCAGUGGAGGGCCACGGUGGAGCCGCUCUUGUCGACGACCAUGAUGAUGAAAUCAAGCGCUUGCCAAUGACAACGAAUCGCUCACAAUUGCCAGCAACCAGCUCCAUGGCCAUGGCCGCCCUAGCCUCGGCCCUGCCCAAUAUUUGCUCCUAUGAUCAGAGUCAGGGCCAUGGUCAGGGAGGUCAGGGAAAGUGUCAGCCAGCAGCGGCUAAAAUUGAAAAAAUUGUGAAUCCACUGGGCACAGUUACGAAUGUGAACUCCGGUCGGAGUGCAGAGCUGCAGACAGACAUGUUGGACGAGGUUGUGGGCCAAUUGGCGGCCGAGGAUUGUGUCAUACACGAGAAUUGUGAUGAGGCGCUGUUCCGACCCGUUGUCGCCAUCUUUUGUGAUGAUUUGCUCGAGCAGCGCAAGCACGAAAAGGAACUGCCCAAGCAGCAGUCACAGGAACAGCAAGGACAGCACCACCUCGAUACCAAUACGCCGCCUGUGGUGCUGGUUAACAAACUGAUUGUGCCCGUCAUAGCGAAAGAGGUGGACGAGGUGCUCACGCAAAAGGAGAAACAAAAGUCGCACCAGCGCGAGGGAAAGCUAAAGUCCCAGGCCGCGGCGGCCGCGGCUGCGGCGCAACAAGAGGAUGCGGCCCAUGCGCAAAAGUUUGCCGAACUAUCGCAUCUAAACAAGCCGCAAAAAUCGUUGCUUGAAAAUACGACAAAAGCUGCCACAACGCCACAACCGCAAAAGGCCAAACAAUUGGCCAAGAGCUCGUUACCUUCCCGGAACAUGAGCUCAGCUUCAGCCACAACUAGCGAGGAUGACCGCGAGGCUACCGAGGAUGAGCUGCAAACCUCGAUAAUGUCGAGCACAAGCACGCGGGCGACCAACAGCAAGUCAUCGAAAAAAUCGAAGGCGGCGAAGCAGAAGGCCAAAGUUGGAAUAAGCGAAAGCCUGGUCCUGAAACAGUCGGAGGCGGCUGCAGAGCUACAGGGCGAGAAGAGAAGCAAUAACAAAGACAAAUCUGCAGCUGCGGAUGUAAAAAACGAAGCGGCUAAGCCGGCCCAGUCGGAACAGGAAAAGGAGCAGGACCAUGAAGAGGCGGAUGAUGAUCAUGCAGACAGCCUACUGGCUAAUGCCACCAGCAUUGCGGCUGUUAUGGUGAACAGUGCCAGUGCCCAGGGAUUGAGUUUGCAUGUUGAGACUUCGGCCGGGGACCCAAUUGUAGAAUUGGAGACCGAAGGGGUGUCCGGUGAAAUGGAAACAGAAAUGCCGGCCAAAACCACGAAAAUUAGAACGCAGCCAGACAGCAAUACAAAGCAGAUGAAGGAGGAAAAGACCAAAAGGUUAAAGUCUAAGGACGAUGAGAAGCCCAAAGUAGAGGAAAAUCCUAAAGAAGAAGAGGAGCUGCCCAAAGAAGAGGGUCCUAAAGAAAAACUCAAGCUCAACGAGGAAAUACAAAUACAAGCAAAGUCGACAAAAGGAGAUGGUGAGGAAGUGGUGAGAAAACCAGAGGUAAAGCCAAAGACCACAACGCCAAGUGAGAGUGAAGAGAGACCGCCAGAAAGCAAGCCAGCGGCGAGUGUGCCGAAGAACCUGCCGAAAAGCGAUCCAAAAAAAGAGCCGAAAAGUGCUUUUGAAGAAGCGACACCCACGCACAAAAGCUACACGGUGAAGGUGAUCGAAAUGAAGAACGAGAAAGCGGAGAAUGAUAAAGAGCAGAAGUUAGAGGCGAAACCGAUACGUAAACAGGAGCUGGAGCAGCAGGCGAUUAGUGGCAAGAAAGCCAACAAGACACCGCCGACAACGACAUCGGUGGCCCUACCAUCGUUUCGCGAACUGUCCAGUCCAUGGCGUAGUCUGUCCACUGCCGAACCACUUGAUCAGAGCUCCUCCUCCAAUAACAGCAAUAAAGACCGAAGCUCAGAGCAUAUGACCGCGACUUCUAGCACCGAUUUUCCCAGUCUAGCUGCUUCGCCUGGCCGGAAAGCCACAAAGACUACCACUCAACCAUCAGAAUCGAGGCGCAGCACAACAACAUUGUCGACGGCUUCAGCCGCAGCAGCGGCAGCAGCCACCACCAAUUUUGAUGAUUUUUUAAGUGCACUCAAACCACUGGAAGCUUUGCCUCCGCUGCCAGCGCUCGAGCCACUUGAGCCGCUCGAAAUGCUGCCAAAAAGUGUGAUCGCGUCCAGUGAGUCGUCCUCGAUGAGUCUAAUUAACUUUGAGAGUCCGUUGCAGGAGGAGGCGACAGAGACGCCGCGUACCCUGCCGGCCGUACUCGCUGAUCAGAACUUAAUUCUCGCCCUCUGCGGCUCCAUACACUAUGAGAACGAAUAUGCUCAGUUAACGCAGUCAGUGACCGAAACCGAGGCGGAGACGAAGGUGGAGGAGCCACUGAGAUCAGCAACAAAAAAGUACACGGCCGCAACAAACUCAAACAACUCCUCCGGCUCCGAGGAGAUAAUUGUUAUGGAGGAGCCGAAGAAGCUGAACAAAAAGCACAAACGCGCCAAGCAACGAGAGCAGCAGCAGCAGCAGCAACAACAACAGGCUGCACUGCCACCACCACCACCCGAUGAUGAGGAACUGCGUCCGCUGAUUAGCAUGUGCGACUCCCAACUGGACCUGGACAUGAUGGGAUCACCAGUCGGGGCCGAAGCAGUCGAUGACGAAGAGGGCACGGAUUUGCUGCAAUUUGCCAGCAGCGCCGAUGCCUGCUCUCUGGCCCAAUCCUCCACGACAACAGACAGCGAAGGACCCGUGCCGGCAACCACCUCCGAUGACAAUGCCAUAUACACGACAAUGGCCAAUCUAUGCACACCGCACAAGCUCAAGACGAAGAAGCUGGAGCAUAAGAUCAAUCUAAUAGCGGCUAUUGAGGCGGCCACCUCCUCCUCCACAUCCUCGGCCGAGGAGAGCAGCGUGGAGACAACCGCCGCUGUCAACGCAUUGGCUUCUGAAUCGGGAAUCGAUAUGUUGCUGGGCACAAGCAGCACAACAGCCUCGACGAGUGGUGCGACAGCUGCAGCCGCCUUAUUGGCAACGACGCUGCCGCUCUCCACCAGCCUGACUGCUGGCGGGGGAGCAACUACGUCCAGUGGAGUGGGCGUGGGUGUGGGCGGCAGUCAGCCGAGUGCGACGAAGAAGAAGACUAAACGCCGCAAGAGAUAAGAAUUAGCAAUUUGUUUGUUGUGCGUUUUCAGUCUCGUUGUUCUCUGGCAUUUAUAUGCGGGCCACAAUGGCGCAGAGAGCCGUCCAUCAGGGCACGGAACCGGCAACGAUGGCGGCGCCAUCAGGGCCAAGUAAUGAUGACGACAACGACGACGACAGCCAAAAAGCAGUGAGGAUGACGCGGCAACAAACAACACAGCAAUGGAAUGAACAGCAAUGAGAUGAUGAAGAUUUCUUUGAUUUUUAGAUCACGUUCUACCCCAUACUCUUCAAAUAGGACCACGAUUCACCUUACCCAACAACUAGCAGCUAUACGUUUGCACUUUUCUAAAGGCCAGGGCAAGAAAUUGCUAUGAAAAAUCUAAGUAUACAAAAUUAUAAAAAAAACAAUCAGUUAUUUGAAAUAGGUGUGAAAAGGCUGAUGCUAAAUCAGUAAGUGCGCGCUCGAUAUGAUAGAUGUACAAAAAAAAAAAAAAAUACUAUCGGACUUUGGUUAACUUCCAGCAAAUCUUUAUUAUCAUUUUUCUUAUAAAUUGUAUUUUAUACAUAGGUUUUUUUUUAAACAUACAUUUGCUACUUAGGAAUGAGAUUUGAAAGUUUACUUAGAACUAACAAUGAAACAAUCAUUCAAGAUUUGAUUGAAUAGCUCGAUAUCUUCAACUUUGUAGAAGAACCUAAUGAAUGAUCGAGAUUUUCUUUUCUUUGCUUCAACUAGUAUAGGAUUAGAUCUGAUUUCGAAAUUGAUGUGGCGGAAUGCCCACAAAUCGUCUUACUCUCUCGAAAUCAAUUGAAGGUCAAAUGUCUUUCCACCAUCGGAAAAUGUUGGGUAUGUCCAGACUGGCAAUUGAUUUACACAAAAAUUUGUGAAAUUUCACAAAUGUUUCGUCAAUUAAAACCAUUAAGAAUUCGAUACUAAUUUAUAGUUUCUAGCUACAAAACAAAAACCUCUUUGGAGGUUUAUAUUCAAAGAGUACUUGUAAAAUGCGACAAGUUUGUGUGCAAAUGGUUUGCACGCCUGACCAUAACUUAAGCCAAAUCUCUAACGAAACCAGACCUGUUAUAUAUAUACAAUAUAUAUUUAUACUUUUUUUUUAAUUCGCAUAAACCUGCUUGUCUUCUUGAUUUUCUUAAAUUAGAGCUGUUUUUUUUCUUCUGAUUUUUCCAUACAAUACUGGCAAUAUUUAAACAAACAAGACUAUGCGAUCAAAAUUGGAAACGAGGUCAAAAGUGUUGCAAUAUUUUUUUCAUUUUAAACACAUAUAUUAUUUAUUUUUGGAUCAUAUCGAGCGUGUGCGCAUACAGCUAUAUGCAUACAUACAUAUAUAGGCCCUUUAUACAUACAGACAUAGAUAUGUACAUCAUAAGCAUAUUAACGACAACAGCAAAAGCAACAACAGUUUCUUAGCGUUUAAGUAGUAACAAAGUUCAAGUUACAGCCAACACCAACAGACAGACGGACGGACGGACGGACGGACAGACAGACCAGACCCACAAAUAUAUGAACACUGCAGCGGACACUCACACUAAUUAUGUAGCCUAAUUUUUAUUGCGUGCAAAACAUUUAAACAACAAAUACAACAAAAACAAAAAAAACAACAAAACCCCACAAAACCUUACAAAAAAAUGUGAUUAUCGACAGCAGCAUAGACAUAGUAUGUUGCAAUUAAAAAAAAAAACAAAAAACGCUAACAAUUUUUAAGUGCAAAGUUAUAUACAUAAAAGAAAUUAGCUUUAGAAUUAACUACAACUAUAAAUAUAUAUAUACAUAUAUAUAUAUAAAAAAAAAAAAAACAAAAAACAACAUAAAUUAUAUAAUAAUUGGUCGCUAUUUGUUGUACAUUGUACAUAAAACCCAAACAAAAGAACAACAAUUUUUGUAUCCCCCUCUCCAUCCAAAACGUAUGCUCAGCCUUGGUACGAUUUUUUCACACACACACACACACACACUUACACACUCAUGUAUGUGCCAGCUCCACCAUUAACCAUUUGAAAGAAACAAGGAUUGCACAGCUGGGAGCCAUUGAAAAAUAUAUAUUGAUUGAUUGUGUAGCGAUAUAUGCUUAGUAAGAAUACAUUACGUUUUGUCAGGAACUGAGAAAAGACUACACGUCUUGAUGAUUUGCCAGAUGUAUUGUACUCUGGAAUUGAACAUUUAAUAUUUCACUUUUCUUUUGUAUUGGUCCCGAAAUAAUCGUACGAACCAAUCGUAUCGUAACGUACAGAACCAGAAAUAUACUUUCUUCUUAUUAUCUUUACGAACCAAUCGUAGUCUUUUCCUAUUGAUGAACAUUAAACAUUGAAAAAUAUAUAUUGAUUGAUUGUGUAGCGAUAUAUGCUUAGUAAGAAUACAUUACGUUUGGUCAGGAACUGAAAAGACUACACGUCUUGAUGAUUUGCCAGAUGUAUUGUACUCUGGAAUUUAACAUUUAAUAUUUCACUUUUCUUUUGUAUUGGUCCCGAAAUAAUCGUACGAACCAAUCGUAUCGUAACGUACAGAACCAGAAAUAUACUUUCUUCUUAUUAUCUUUACGAACCAAUCGUAUUCUUUUCCUAUUGAUGAACAUUUGUUUCUGAUUGUCCGGAAUGUGUUCUUGUUCUGAAAACAAGGGAGAUAUCGUUCUAGAUAGUGUAUAUAUAUUCAAAUGGUUCCAAUUGCAUUGCUUAUCCCGGGAAUGUGUGUGCGGCUGGUUCUACUCUAGUACUCGGCAAUUUCAUGACUUUUUAUGCAGCUAUCAACUCUAUCUACCAACUAUGACACUGUCUAACGCCACAAUACAAUAAUAAUAAUAAUAAUACUAAUAAUAGUAGUAAAUCAACACCAACAACAGCAAUAGAUAUUUGUUUUAGGUUCUCGUUAAGUUUCGUUAGUUUUUACUUGUAUUGCCAGAUUAUAUAUAUAUGACUGAUCAAUAGAUCGAUCCAGCAAUCGCCUCGUUUAGGACUCGUUAUACUACAGACAUACUGUAAUACUGUUCUCAAUUUUUCUGUUUGAAAUCCUUUCUGUUUGUUUCUGUGUUAACUUAUUGCAACAAAUUUAAAAUAGAAGAGGAAACACCAAUUUAUAAAAAAAACGUAGAUAUAAAAUAUAUACAUUUGUGUCCCCAUCCCCACGCCCCUCUUUUUUUUCUGUUUGUUUAUUUUGUUAUUGUGCUUUUUUGGCAAAAACGAAGAAGAAGAAUUUGUAAUAUCUGUAUAAGCUUUCGGCAUUGUGUAAAAAUUUUGUAUCGUUUUCUGUACAUACAUACAUAAAUAUAUAACUUGCAGUAUUUAUGAUUUUUAAAUGAGGAAAGAAAAACACAC